AUGACCACCACCGGAACUGAGUUCAUGGUAGGAGGUGAUUUUCUUGGUUGGGACAUUUUUACCAACUACACAGAUUGGGCCCAAGACAAAGUGUUCCAUGUUGGAGACAAGCUAGUGUUCAGUUAUAUAAUCUCGUUCCACAAUGUUUUCACGGUGAAUGGAUCUGAAUUCGACAAUUGCACUGUCCCGCCAAUAAACGAAGCCUUGACCUCGGGGUAUGAUAUCGUAACCCUAACCAGCCCUGGCCCGAAAUGGUAUAUUUGUGGUGUUGAUGACCAUUGUAGCUUAUUCAACCAGAAGCUUGCCAUCAAUGUUGAGAAGAAGUUAGGAAAAAGUUCUUCUCAUGGGACCUCAGCCUUCAUGUCUGGUUACUUAGCCCUUGUUUCCAUGGUGGUGGCACUGGCUAUAGUCCUAGUCUAG